AUGYGGGAAGCCUUGGGUUUUACCGUGAUCAAGUGGUACGCAUUACCUCACAUGUCGUUCUUUAUUGGAUGCACAGCCUCGCUUCUAAUUAUCGCCCUGUUAGCCGUGGAACGUUCGAUUGCAGUGCACGCCAACUACCACAGAAAACUUCCAAAAAAACGAGCCGUCAACAUGUCCAUCGCAAUCUGGAUCUUCUYUUUUACAUUCCCUUGCAUCUACUUCCAAAUUGGGUAUUUCAAAUUCGCUUUCAUCUUUGCAAUCUUAAUGAUCAUUGUCACAUUCGUUAUUAUGGUGAUAGCAUUCAUACGUAUCCAUGRCAACAUGAGGAGCACAACAGUUAGAGCCUUAACUGUUCAGCCCAUGGGAUCUGCUCAGGAAAAGACUUCACAAAAACAACUAAAACGUGCCGAGAGAGAGCGACGAGUGACUAGAAUCUUUACAGCUAUCCUUAUCUUCUACACGACAUGCAACCUGCCCGCAUUUGUUUUCAUCUUUGUCGUCAACUUUUGCUCAACCUGCAGCUGUGUUUUCAUCCACUGGUCACGUGACCUCCUUCUCGUGUGCGUAUUGGUUAACUGUUCGGGGAACCAGUUUCUUUAUGCUUGGAGAAUGAAGAGUUUUAGGAGAGCUUUCCGUUCGUUAGUGCAUCUACCGCUGACCGACGAAGCAUCAGUGAUCCAAACACGAGAUACGCGUGACAAGCAAUGA